AUGGCUCAGAGGCCCAAUUUUCCAGAGGCAACAAGUGGCAGCAGCCAUUGCUCAAAGGCCCACUGUUUCAGAGGCAACAAGCGACAGCAGCCAUGGGUGAGAGGCCCACCUUCCAGAGGCAACAAGCGGCAGCAGACAUGGGUGAGAGGCCCACCGUUCCAGAGGAAUCAAGCGGCAGCAGCCAUUGGUCAGAGGCCAACUGUUCCAGAGGCAACAUGUGGCAGCAGCCAUGGGUCAGAGGCCCACCGUUCCAGUGGCAACAAGUGGCAGCAGCCAUGUGUAAGAGGCCAAUCGUUCCAGAGGCAACAAGCGGCAGCAGCCAUGGGUCAGCGGCCAACCGUUCCAGAGGCAACAAUUUGCAGCAGCCGUGGGUCAGAGGCCCACCGUUCCAGAGGUAACAAGCGACAGCAGCCAUGUGUCAGAGGCCCACCGUUCCAGAGGCAACAAGCGGCAGCAGCCAUGGGUCAGAGGCCAACUGUUCCAGAGGCAACAAGUGGCAGCAGCCAUGGCUCAGAGGCCCACUGUUCCAGAGGCAACAAGCGACAGCAGCCAUGGGUGAGAGGCCCACCGUUCCAGAGGCAACAAGCGGCAGCAGCUAUGGGUCAGUGGCCAGCUGUUCCAGAGGCAACAAGUGGCAGCAGCCAUGGGUCAGAGGCCCACCGUUCCAGAGGUAACAAGCGACAGCAGCCAUGGGUCAGAGGCCCACCGUUCCAGAGGCAACAAGCGGCAGCAGCCAUGGGUAAGAGGCCAACCGUUCCAGAGGCAACAAGUGGCAGCAGCCAUGGCUCAGAAUCCCACCGUUCCAGAGGCAACAAGCGACAGCAGCCAUGGGUCAGAGGCCCACUGUUCCACAGGCAACAAGUGGCAGCAGCCAUGGCUCAGAGUCCCACCGUUCCACAGGCAACAAGCGACAGCAGCCAUGGGUCAGAGGCCCACCGUUCCAGAGGCAACAAGUGGCACCAGCCAUGGGUCAGAGUCCCACCGUUCCACAGGCAACAAGCGGCAGCAGCCAUGGGUCAGAGGCCCACCGUUCCAGAGGCAACAAGCGGCAGUAGCCGUGGGUCAGCGGCCCACCAUUCAGGACAGCAACAGCGGACGUGA